AUGGGAAUACUUCGCAUGAGCACUCUGGACAGAGGCAGCAAAAAAAGCGUGCAGCCCCGGGUCUUUUCCGACGCGGAGCUUACACAAAACGAGAAGCACAAGGAGUACGUUAGAGCAAUAAAGGAGGUGAAGAUGGACCAUCUGUUCCGAAAGCCGUUUGUGGGCUGCCUGGACGGGCACUCCGAAGGGGUGACAAGAAUAGUAAAGUCUGACACGGAGGUCGCGCUGUAUGCGUCGGCCAGCUACGACGGGUCCAUUAAGGUGUGGGACAUGAGCAAGCGGAGGGAAAUAGAAACGAUCUCGCUGAGCCAGGCCACGCCUGUGGCCAUAUCUUUUUCGGACAGCGCGCUCCUGUACAGCAGAGACGCGCACAUAGUGCACCGGGCGGCAAAGUAUGCAGAAACGGCGGCGGGCGCAGAGUUUGAGCCGGGCGCCGUGCACGAGGCAGAGUUUGUGGCGGGGUCGGGGGUGCUGGACAUCAUCGGAGACGCCACAAGCCAGUUCUACGCAGCAACCGUUGACGGGAUCGAAAUAUUUGACAGCGAGCGGAUAAAAGCUGUCUCUGUGUACAAGGCAGAGCGGCAGGCAAAGCGGAUAUACAAGGCAAAGGACUUCCAGCAUGUUUUGUACACGGUUGAGGGGAACAAGAUUGCGGGGUACGACAGCCGGACGGGAAGAAGAGAGGUUGAGAUUGUGGCCAGGUCCGAGAUAAACGCCCUGUCGAUAGACCCUUCGUGCCCCUCCCUCAUUGCCACAGGAACAAACAGCGGAGAGGUGGGGAUAUACAACACGCGCUACGUGGGCAACAGCCAGUCGUACCUGUCGCAGACAGAGCGCGUGCUUCGGGGGCACACAAGCGCCAUAACCGACAUCCAGCACUCUGCGAACGGAACCCGGAUAGUGACGGGGUCGGUGGACCGAACCGUCCGAAUCUUCUCAAACGACACCGCGCACCGGCAGGAGGCGCUCUACCACAACAAGAGAAUGCAGGCAGUCAAUGCAGUGUGCUGCACAAGCGACAACGCGCACAUUCUUUCCGGGAGCAUAGACGCAAACAUCCGGAUCUGGAAGCUGGACCCGAACGCAAGCGCAAAAAUAUGCACGCGCACAGAGGAGGACGCCCGCGCGCUGGGGAACAUCAUAAAGAACAAGUACAAGAACGUGCAGCAGAUUGUGGAAGUGAAGCGGCACCAAAUUGUCCCCAGCAAGCUCAAGAAGGCCAUGAAAAAUAGAUACAGCCACAUAAAGGCAGAGGCAAGAAGAGAGGAGAGAAGACAGGAAAACUCCCCCAAGUAA